GGACGACCUAGUUACUGUCUCUAUGCUCUGGAGUCGGUGUUAGGGGAAGAGAUUCAGGUGAGGAGCCUAAGGACAGAACAAUCGCUUCCCAGAAGUCUAGGCUGACCUGGAAUUCACUGUGUAGUCUCCCGAGGACUGAAGACGUGCGCCAUGGCCGGCUGCGUUUACCUGCUUUUGGAGGCUCAUCAAAGUUUUUGGCUUUGUUUCAAGAGGACGUCAAUAUUUAGCUUUUUUUCUGGUGAACAAGCUUGUACAUUAGGACUUAUGUCAGCCCAAGAAAUAUACAAAUAUGCAGUUCUCCCUCCUAUCAUUAGCAGGAGUGAUAAAGAAUUUUUGGAAAGUAUGCAAAGAUACAUAAUUACAGAAACCAAAAGAGUUGGCUGUAAUGAGAAAGGGCCUGUUGAUGAGUAUUACAUCAUAUACCGAAACGUUUUCGAUAAGAUAAUAGAGUAUGCCACUGCAUACAAAUCCAUUCUUACUUCAAUCAAGAGAGAAUAUGAUGCCUUUAUUGAGACAAUAAAAGAAGGCCGAAGAACUGCAUUUUAUCUGCAUGGAAAACUCAAAGUUUUGGCAGCAGAGCCCACAGCUUUGGUAUAUUACCAGAAAAGAGCAACCCAACUUGAAACAAAAAUGAAGACUAUUGAAAAUAAUUCCACAAUGAUUCAAUCACAAAUAGAACAAAUGAAACAGCUCAGGUCAGAGUAUGAUAAGAAAGAAGUAAAGUAUGAUACCUUCUCCAAAGACCCUUCAAAACCUAUUCCAGGCAUGACUCUCCAAGAAUCUGUCAAUCUAGAUGCUCUGAGUAAACACCUGAAACAUCUUGAAGUGAAGUAUAUAGAACUUAAACAAGAUAUGUCAAUAAAAUAUGUACCAGCUCAAAGAAAGGCUGAUUUGGAUGAGGAAAUGGUUGUGUUAUUACAACGGCAAGACAUAGCUGAAAAUAUAAACAAAGGGUUACAGUUUCGUCAUCAAAGACUGCAGAUUGUUUCGAAUGCACUUACUUCAUGGGUGAAAUCUGAUAUGAUCAGCUCACUUCAAGACGUCGUGGAGCAAAUUCAGAAAACCAAAGCUGUACAUGGUGACAAAGGCACUGUUGAUGAGCUAUUUGAAGAUGAUCCAAGCAAGGCAAAAGAAGCUAUAAUUAUGCUUUACUACAUUGAAAGAUUCAAUGAAUUAAUCUCCCUUGGAAAAUAUGGAGAGGCAGCAUCUUUUACAGCAAGCAGUCCUAGAAGAAUUCUUCAAAACAUUGGGACAAUGAAUAAAUUUAAGGCUAUUGGAAAAAUUAGAGGAAAGCCUCUUCCAUUACUCUUGUUUUUUGAGGCUAUAUUUAGCACAAGUCAUUCGUUCAAAUGUCCUAUCAAUGCAGAUCUAACCCUGGAAGGAAUCAAAUGUGGCUUAUCUGAAAAACGGCUUGAUUUGGUUAUCAAGUGGGUCACCCAGGAAAAGCUAACAUUUUCUGAGAAAGCUGGGGAUGUGAUUUGUGCUUAUGGGGAACAGGAUACUUACAACAGGGCCAAAUGCUUGGCUUUAGCUCAGAUCAUCUACACUGAGUGUGCUUUACACAAGAAAGCUCUUCAUUGCCUAUGCAAACAAGGCCAGAUCCAUGGGGCCAUGGAAUACUUACAGCAAUUCAAGGACUUUACCUCUGAUGACCUGCUACAGCUAAUAGCAUUAUGUCCCCAAACUGAGUUAAUUCACUGCCUCACUCAAGAAAGGGAUGGAAAACCCCCAUUUUUAUCUUUUGGGCUUGUUAUUCUUCACAUGUUCUCCAUGGAUAUGAGAAAAGUUGGCAUAAAGCUACUUCAGGAAAUAAGUAGAGGUGGGAAAGCCUCCCUCAGUGCUGGGAUUAAAGGUGUGCACCAUGCCCAGCUCGCAUGUUUAAUCCAGCAUGUCUACAGUGAAAAGGAAGGCAGAAACAGGAAUCCUCCAGAAGCUCACCAACCAGCUAGCCUGGCAAACAUGGCUGAGAAUAAUGGAAAACUAUGCUUCAAACAAGAUGGAAGAAAAGGACCCACAUCUGAGAUGCAGUAGAACAUCUUGUGAUAAGUGACUCAUUUUGCUCCCUGGAAAAUUGGCAAGAAAUAGCAAGUAUAUGUUCACAGAAUGGCUUUGAAAAAUUAUCCAGUGCUAUCAUAUCCAUUCUUCGAUCU